GAAAAAAUUAUCGAAAACUCUCACAUGAUCGAUGAGGCAUUCAAUAGUGCAUUAGUAUACAUUUUUCGUUGUUUCUGUUUAUGUGUUUUAUUGUGUUAUCUACUAUGAGUAAAAGAAAUGGUCAUUUACCUGAUGAGACCCAUGACGAUGGUGAGGAGAAUUCUAAACCCAAGAAAGAAAAAGAUAAAGGACUACAGUCUGAAAAAAAGGCUCCCAAAUCAGAAAAUACAAAAAAACUCGAAAAGAGAAUACCGUUGAAAUCUCAAGAAAAUUUUGGUUCUACAUCCACCAAAGAUUCAACUUCAACAACAAAUGGAAAUGCAGCUGGGCCUUCGACUAAUGGCGCCAGUGCAGUUAGACAAACUUCAUCUAAAACUGAAAAGAAAGAAAUAAAAUCUAACAAAAAUUGUAAUCGUAAGGAGAGCGGAAAUAGACAAACUUCGAAUAGAGGUCUAGUUUUGGCUGAUUUUUUCCCAAAAACGUAUAGUGAUAGUGUGAGAUCCGGCCAACAACGAAGACAGCCUUCGACCAAUGGUGCCAGUUCAGAUAGAUUAUCUACAUCGCUUCAUGAGCAAAAAGAAACAAACUCUAAGCCUAAUAAUUCGAAUCCAAAUGGAGGGAGACCCAUUCCGAAAACAGAACCAAUGAUGGUUAAUCUUCAGAGUUCAGGUUGUUGUAGUGCUAGAAGAUCAGACUCAAUGCAAGGGAUAAAUACGAGUGUUACUUCUACCGAGGGUGCCUGUUCAGCUAGAUUAUCUUCAUCACUUCCUGACAGGAGUGAAAUAAAUUCGAUUGCUGAACGUUUGCAUGUUUUGGGUGAUUUUUUCCAAUAUUCGAGUACUCCUAGAGCAGGCCCACUACUGGGACAUUUCAGACGACCUUCUGCGAAUUAUGCCAGUGUAUUGAGACAAAAUUCAUCGCUUGCUGAGAAGAAAGAAAUAAAUCCUAAACAAACCGAAGGGAGACCCAAUCCUGGACGUCCUUCAUUUUUGCGUGAUUUUCUCCAAAGUUCAUGUAGUAGUAGUGUUGCUAGAUCGGACUCAACGCAGAAGACGAAUUCAGUAGUUGCUGGAGGUGCUAAUGGAAUUUUCACUCGUCGACAAGAUUUCAGUUCAUUCAAUUCACUUCCAAAAAUCAAGCUGAACUCCUAUCAAAUUAAGACGGAAGAUGAGGGCAACCAUGGAAACGAUGAUACACGUUGCUUCAUUUUAUCCACUCUAGCAUCACAUAAUCGAUCCAAGGUCCAAUGUGUCCUCUGCGAGGAAUAUCUGCUAGUUUUCGAUAGGUAUCCUCUGGUAGAUGGCACAUUCUUUUUGAGUCCGCGACAACAUUCAAAAUCCUGUAUUGAGGUGAAAGUAGAGGGACGAACACAGUUUUUGACAUGUGUCUGUAUGGGAUGUUUGGAGGGAAAUCCAGGAAGACAGAUUUGCUGCAGAUUCUGUAACAAUCGAUGGGAUGGUUCAUCCUUAGUUCUAGGGACCAUGUAUUCCUAUGAUAUUUUUGCAGCUAUGCCCUGUUGUACAGAACGUAUCAAAUGCAACUCAUGCUUUAAACCCGUGCUACAUCCAGCUCAACGCCUCAACUACUUCAGCGACUACAGCCACAUGGUUCCCUGCCCUCACUGUCGCACGCUGGAUACGCAUUUCGUCAAGUCUCUCCAGUACUGCUUCAUCCAGAACUCCGUGCGUCCUUUCUCUAGGUGGCCAUAGCCCAUUGCCCCCGCCAAGGCACCUCAGAUGGCACCACCAUCACCCUCUCCAGAUCCGCUAGAUCUGGAUCUGGGGCUCCUUUGGCGGGAGUUGGCAGGAAUGCGUCUGGAUGAGUUUUGCCAUAUACAGCUCACGAGGUCGCGGUAGACCAAGGCGCACGCGCAUAAUUCCGUAGGCGGUAAUGGUAAAUCUCACCGCAUUUAGUUUCAUUUGUUAUUAUGUUGUUGCAUUUUUAAAUUCGCAUGUUCGUUGAAAGUAACUUCUUUUUAUAUUGUUGUAUCUCAAUUUAACCGGACAGUCAAAUCAUGUUGCUUCAAUUAGGUAUCGAAAGAUGUUUCCAUUAGAGUUUAAAUUCAACGAAGUAACGACACUUAUACAUUAUGGUCUUCUGGGGGAAUUGUGAGAAGUUGGUUUCAACACAUGCUUAAUAUAAAUUCGUUGUGUUAUUAGUUUCAUUAUUAUUCGUUCGUUAGCUUUUAGUAAAUUUAACUCUAAGUCUUGAGACAAAAUAUUUAAUAUAUGGAAAUGUGAUUAUAUUAUGUUAAGUUAGAUCAAAUUCAUUUCACAAUGUUUAUUAUAUGCACCCUAGUGCUAAGGAAGAAAAGAAAUUAAUACACUUUUUCAAUUUUUU